GCACAUUUCGCGGUUUGCAGUACCCUCCACCACCACUAAGAAAUUUGGAGCCAUUGAACUCUCGAACUUUUUUUUCGCUUUUCUGUGAUAACGACCACCUCGACAACUUCGUCCAACACCACUCCCGAUUUUACAGAAAUCCGAAUAAAUCAGUCGCAAUGGCCAAGAUUUCGCGUGGUGCCCCCGGUGGCAAGCUGAAGAUGACCCUCGGUCUGCCUGUCGGUGCCAUCAUGAACUGCGCUGACAACUCCGGCGCCCGAAACCUCUACAUCAUCUCCGUCAAGGGUAUCGGUGCCCGCCUCAACAGACUGCCUGCUGGUGGUGUCGGUGACAUGGUCAUGGCCACCGUCAAGAAGGGAAAGCCCGAGCUCCGAAAGAAGGUCCACCCCGCCGUUAUUGUCCGACAGUCCAAGCCCUGGAAGCGAACCGACGGUGUCUUCCUAUACUUCGAGGACAACGCUGGUGUUAUCGUCAACCCCAAGGGUGAGAUGAAGGGCUCUGCCAUCACUGGACCCGUCGGCAAGGAGGCUGCUGAAUUAUGGCCCCGUAUUGCCAGCAACUCCGGUGUUGUGAUGUAAAUUGAGAGCGUUUCGGGAGCAUUUGUGAGAGGCGGAUUGACACAACCUACCUUAUUGACGAGUCAUCACGAUUGGAAGACAUCGACACGGCCAGCCACUUUCAUGACAGGCGGAGGAAGGAAUGACGCAGAUAUCUAUCGCGUGUCCGGCUGGAGGACUGGUCACUUUGCAUUUCGGCUACGGGGCGUAAAGGAGACAUACCAAAAGAACAGCAUCCUGGACGAAUGAAACGUUCAGUCCCCAAGUUUUGCUUGUUAUGAUUUUGAACGUGACUUUUCCGAUUGACCUUAGAUUUGACAACUAAUGAAUUUUCCAAUGGUACGCCUGUAUGUGCACCCAUCGUUUACAGCUGAAAGUGGUAUACCUCAUUACCUCUAGACGAUACCAGUGGGCUUGUAACCCCAUGAUGUUCAUCCCAGAAGGGGCUUUAACCUGAGAAGAG